CGGGCCGGUGGUAGUUGGGUAACUAAGCUCGCAGAAGUAAAGCCUGUCAAAAUGAAGUGGCGGUGCAGCAGCCAGUAGUUCUCGUUUGCUAGUAAGGAGCAUAAGCACGGUUUCGAUAUUGCUCCGACUAGCCGCAACAUUUCCAACUUUCUCGAAGAUUUAUCAAUUCCUUCCUCCUCUAUACGUUCUAUACGAGCGAAGCGAAUCAUUUCACGUUCGCCUAUAGAGUAUAGAUUUCGUGGGUGCCCUUUCGAUCUUUUCUGUGCCCGUUCUAAACACGCGAUUGCGUUGUUGUGACAGACGGAGUAGAGCAUGACGAAGAAACAAACUGUGAUCGUGAAGCUUAAGAGAUCCAGCUCCGGCAAACCUUGGGGAAUACGUAUCGCUGGAGGCGCUGAUUUGGGUACGCCGAUCGUCGUCACCCGCUCGGAGAACCAGGCACUCCAGAGGGGUGACGUGAUCAAGAAAAUCGACGAUUACGACGCGCGAGACGUGAGGCAUGUAGACGCCCAGACUCUUCUUCAAAACUCUGAAUCUAUAAGGCUCGUGAUCGAAAGGUCUGAGCCGUCGAAUGCAUCUCGCAUCAACAUUACCACGUCAUCUCCGAUUAUCAAGCCGAACAUUGGCCACAGGGCUGCGGUCACUAGUCUAACCAGACAACCGAAAGUAUAUCCGACGGAAUUACCCAAGAGUCCUGUACCGCCGCCUUCGUUCGACGAUUACAGUCGGCCUACAUCUCCACCGGAGCCCAUUAACUUGAUGCACGAACAUCUCGACGAGAUUCGCGAAGAAAAAGCCUAUUUGUCGCAGCCGUACCGCACAACUCCUCUGGUUUUGCCAGGUGCAAAGAUCAAAAAGGAUGCUCCACUCGGAGAGUGCUACUUGCGCCAUCAUCCAAACCCGAUGAUCAGAGCGGCACCGCACCACUACGAACCGGCUCAUCCGGAAGUUGCUAUGAAACAAAAGGUGGCAGAAUCGGUACUUCAACGUAUCUUGGGACCGAAUGAAGUUCCAAAGGUUGUCCACAAGCAAUUUAACUCGCCGAUUGGUCUCUACUCCGAACAAAAUAUCGCCGAUACCAUUAAGUGUCAAGCAUCAGCCAUACCCCUGAAGAAACCAACCAAGUACGACCCGAGUAAGAGUGAGGCUUACAAGGCUUUGCAAGAGGAAGCUCUCGGCGACACAGUACAGGAAGUGAAACAAGCGGCGCGCACCGGUGUUUUCUCUCCGCAAAAAGUUAAUCAAAAUAGGGUAUACCAGGCUCGACCAAAAAGUCCUGCUGGACCGUACGGUGGAAAUUAUAGACGUCCCUUCCCUCUCUCUUUUAUAAAGGAUCGCAUCAACGACUACUAAAAUUUACUCCGACUU